AUGGAGUGGCAGAUGAGUGGCAACGAAGCUGCUAGAUCUUCAAGGCCACACGGACCUGACAUCAAAGAAGAAGAGGAGAUUGAGAUGGAAUUGAGGGAGAGUGAUACGAGUGAGGGGCAAGAGCAGAUGCAAGAGCAAGGCACAAAGUACAGAGGUGAAGACAUUACUGCUGGGGAAGCUGUUGCUGAGAGGACGCCAAAGAGCACUUCGGGGAGGUAG